CGCCUUAAAUCAAUGCCGCUAUGAAAUCUUGUCGAAUACGUGCUGACGCUUUUAUUUAUAUCACUUCAAAGGUCGUUGACGUCUCAAAGCAGAUCGUUCAUUGGGGAUUCAUUCCUUUCGUAAUCUACCUUGGAAUGACCAGAAGCAACCCUAGACCCUCUCUCCUCAAGCUUAUUAGCCCUCUGGCUUAAACACCUCCAUCCUAUCUCGACCCGCUCUGACGAAAUUCAAACUGGCUCGAUAUGCGAGAGUAUACAUCCGACCCUUUUUCUAUUUUGACUCAGAGCUUUGUACGUAUUCGAAAAAAUGUUUACCUUGCUAGAAAACCUUGGAUGAGCUUUUCCAAGUGAUUCUUUACUUUGGCUCCGUUGUUCCCGAUUUUGUGAUCCUUGUAAAAACAUAUUUUUUUUAUAAAAUAGGUGAAUAAUUCAAAGUACUUAUAGCAA